AUGUCGCGUGGCGUGCGAUUGCUCCAGCAGGAGCUUACAAAGCUCUUUGAAUUCAGUGGCCCGAACAGCUCCAUACCACCCCUGGUGUUGGACUUGGAGCGGUACAAUUCUGGCUUCGUGGCCCUGCUACGCAAAGCUCUGGUGAAGCGUGACCCAACAGGCAGCUGUGCCAUCCUCGGUGACGGGGAGCUGCUCUUCCAUCGCCCAGGACUUUCUGCGCGCGAGUUCAAAGAAGCAGUGGUCAAACAGCUGGGCUGCAUUCGCAAUUUGACCGACGUCUUUCUUCGCUCCAUCGCCGCGGAGCACCAAGCUGGGAUCGGCGAAUGCUUUGGUGCACUGGAUAUAGAGAAGGGCGCGGCAGCCAGGCCAGCUCUGCUUGAGCCCCUCGCGAAACUACUCGGAUCUUCUGCAGGCAGCGAGCUCGCGAAAGAGAUCAAUGCUGUGCGACCGACGUGCGAGCAGCUCAUACAGUCGGGCAUUUCAUCUCCUAUGGAGUACUGGGCGGAAGCCUUGAAACACUGGGGAAAACGACUGCCAGUGCUUCGCGAGGCUGUCGUUGUGAUGCUCUGCAUGUUCGAAGGGACGGGUCUGCUGGAGCAGAACUUAUCAUCAUUCAGAGCAAUGCAUCGUGACCAGAAGCGCAACACGUCCCCGGACACCCUUCGUUGCCUUCUGAAGGUCAUGGUUGAUUGUGACCCUGUCGUCACAUUCAAUAUCUUGAGCAAGGAGUAUAAGCUCAGUGAUUUUGGGAUUCGUGCUUACAACAGGUACCGCUCCUUGUUCGGUGCAGCCAGAAAUGCGCCAGCCUCCUUGCUGCCCCGUAGGACUAUGAACCGUCGAUGUUCUUCGACGGGACUUGCAGCUUUGAAACGCCUGCAAGUCCAACAGAAGGCAGAAGCCGUGCCCAAGGAGUUGCCGCUGGAAGAAGCGAGAUCCUUGAAGCGUGCCCUCGACACGUCUGCUGAGGAACACUCCACUAAGCGGCAGAAGAAGAUGGUGGUUGCUUUGGCGGAGCGGGUGACAGCCAAAUUGGCCUUGGUUUCGCCGGCCGCUUUUGCUAAGGAUGCCCGUGAGCGCUUACAGAAGCUUCAGCGUGAGGAUGAAGAGGAGUUCAAGAAAUUGGACGGCAUGCAGCUGCGGGAGCUGAAAACGGCUGAGAUUCUGGGUGAUGCGCAGAAUGGGCUGGCCGUUUGCAUUAUCAGCAAAAAUGAGAUUCCCAACGCAGACAAGAUCGUCAAAGACAAGGCAAAGGCGUUGUCUCAGCUUUGUGGGCUGCGUGUUUGUCAUUUGACAAGCAGCAGUCUAGUGGCGAGGUGUUUGCGGGCAAAGUUUGUGAUUUUUCUUGCAACCUCCAAGGAGGCAGAGGCAGGUUUGAUUUAUCAUGGCAGUGAAAGUCAUCAGGGGCUCGAUCUCGGGGCAUGUGUCAGCCGGUUGGUCGGAGGCUACAUAGCCGGCCCUGCUUGGAUGGCAGAGUGCAUUCGUCGUGGACAGCUCUUGACGCCUUUGCUUCGUUUGAGCCCGGCCGCGAAAAUGCCGAGGCAGGUUGGCUUCGAUGACACUUUGCCACAACAAGUUGCAGUUCUGAAGCUGCUUUCUGCUAUUGAGACCGAUGAUCUGGGAUUUCGGCAUUGGAUCAUUCGAUCCAAAAGAGAGGCACUGACACUGGCUACGACUUUAAUCAUAUUUUACUGA